AGUCGAUCCAGAGCCUCAGCAAGCAGCAGCUGGAAACGGGGAAGAGGGAGCAGACAGGAAGCGGGAGGUCAGCGGUACACCCAGGGAAAUAGAACUUCUACCCUCAGAGGAGUCAAAGAGGAGGCAGAACUAUGGCAGGAAAGCUCCGGAAGUCCCACAUCCCUGGAGUGAGCAUCUGGCAGCUGGUGGAGGAGAUCCCCGAAGGCUGCGGCACGCCGGACUUUGAGCAGAAGCCCGUCACCUUGGCUCUGCCAGAGGGGAAAAAUGCUGUCUUUCGGGCUGUGGUCUGCGGGGAGCCCAGGCCCGAGGUGCGUUGGCAGAACUCCAAAGGUGACCUCAGUGAUUCCAGCAAGUACAAGAUCUCCUCCAGCCCUGGCAGCAAGGAGCACGUACUGCAGAUCAACAAGCUGACAGGCGAGGACACGGAUCUGUACCGCUGCACAGCAGUAAAUGCGUACGGAGAGGCCGCUUGCUCAGCGAGACUCACCGUCAUCGAAGUUGGCUUUCGGAAGAAUCGGAAGAGGCACAGGGAACCGCAGGAAGACCUCAGGAAGGAGCUGAUGGACUUCCGGAAGUUGCUGAAAAAGAGGGCCCCACCAGCCCCCAAGAAAAAGAUGGACCUUGAGCAGAUAUGGCAGCUGCUGAUGACAGCAGACAGGAAGGACUAUGAGAAGAUCUGCUUGAAGUAUGGCAUCGUCGACUACCGUGGCAUGUUGCGUAGGCUGCAGGAGAUGAAGAAGGAACAGGAGGACAAGAUGGCACAGUACAUCAACGCCAUCUCCAGCUUAAGACACAUCAGGGUCACCAAGGAUGGGAAUGCAAAGUUUUACCUGGAGCUGGAUCUCAAGGAUUCUCAGAGCAAGAUUUACCUGUAUAAGGAUGGUGAGAUGAUCCCCUAUGGCUUCAACAACCAGACCAAGCACUGUCUGCGCCGGCUGGGGAAGCGUUAUGAGUUCCAGAUUCAAGACCUGAGACCUGAGGACUCUGGCAUUUACCAGGUCAAGGUGGAGGAUGCUGUGGUCUUCUCCACAGAACUGGAGGCCAGUGCCAUCCCCCCAAGAGUGGUGGUCCCACUGGCGGAGACCCACUGUGAGGAGCAGGGUGACGCAGUCUUCGAAUGUACCCUCUCCAGCCCCUGCCCUAGUGCAGCCUGGCAUUUCCGGCACCGGCUACUCCACCCCAGUGACAAAUAUGAAGUGUUUGUCUCCCCCGACGGGCUGACCCACCGGCUGGUGGUGAGGGGGGCACGUUUCUCAGACAUGGGCCCCUAUUCGCUGGGCACUGGGCUCUACACUUCCAGCGCCUGGCUGGUGGUUGAAGCUGGGAAGGAUAAAGACCUUCAGUCCACAAGUGCUGACCACCAACUGCAGAGCAGGAGAAGUGGCAAAGACGGCAGGUUGGACAUCUAUGGAGAGAGGAGAGAUGCUACCUGGAGUUCCACAUCCAGAUACAAGCCUGGCACUGGCAGUUUCUCCAAGGAUGCCCGAGGCCCCAUGGGCCACUUCUCCCAGGGCCUGGCUGACAUGGAAGUGCAGCCGGGGGAGGCUGCCACACUCUCCUGUACCCUCACCAGUGACCUGGGACCCGGCACCUGGUUUAAGGAUGGCGUCAAGCUCACCGCCCAGGAUGGAGUCAUCUUUAAGCAAGAUGGUCUCGUGCACAGCCUCUUCAUCACGCAUGUGCAGGGGACCCAAGCUGGGAGGUACACCUUUGUAGCUGGUGACCAGCAGAGCGAGGCCACCCUGACUGUCCAGGAUUCCCCUACCAUUGCUCCAGAUGUGACAGAGAAACUGAGAGAGCCACUGGUGGUCAAGGCUGGGAAGCCGGUGAUAGUGAAGAUCCCCUUCCAGAGCCACCUCCCCAUUCAGGCUGCCUGGAGGAAGGACGGGGCUGAGGUGGUGGGCAGCAGUGACAGGGAGGCCCAGGUGGACCUGGGGGAUGGCUACACACGGCUGUGCCUCCCCAGCGCAGGCAGGAAGGACUGUGGCCAGUACAGCGUGACGCUGAGGAGUGAGGGAGGCUCUGUGCAGGCCGAGCUCACUCUGCAAGUCAUAGACAAGCCUGAUCCCCCACAAGGCCCCAUGGAGGUUCAGGAUUGCCAUAGGGCUGGCGUCUGCCUCCGCUGGCGGCCCCCAAGGGACGAUGGGGGCCGGACUGUAGAGUGCUACGUGGUGGAGAGACGGCAGGCUGGCAGGAGCACUUGGCUGAAGGUGGGCGAGGCCCCCGCUGACAGCACCACCUUCAAGGAUGCCCAUGUGGAGCCAGGCAGGAAGUAUGCCUUCCGAGUGCGGGCUGUGACCUCAGAGGGGGCUGGUGAGGCCCUGGAGUCCGAGGAGAUAUUGGUGGCUCCUGAGGCUCUCCCCAAGGCCCCUUCUGUGCCAGCCAUCCUGUCGGCCUCCAGCCAGGGCAUCACACUGACAUGGGCAGCACCUCGGGGCCCUGGCAGCGCCCACAUCCUGGGCUACCUGAUCGAGAGGCGUAAGAAGGGGAGCAACACCUGGACAGCAGUGAACGACCAGCCGGUGCCUGAGAGGAGAUGGACGGUGGCGGACAUGCGGCAGGGCUGUCAGUAUGAGUUCCGGGUCACAGCUGUGGCUCCCUCAGGUCCCGGAGAGCCUGGACCUCCAUCGGAUGCCGUCUUUGCUCGGGACCCCAUGAGACCCCCUGGGCCGGUGAGGAAUCUCCAAGUCACAGACAGAUCGAACACCAGCAUCACUCUGAGCUGGGCUGGGCCAGACACCCAGGAUGGGGAUGAAGCCCAGGGGUAUGUGGUGGAGCUGUGCAGCUCAGACAGUCUCCAGUGGCUCCCGUGCCAUGUGGGCACCGUGCCAGUCACCACCUACACGGCCAAGGGGCUUCGGCCUGGAGAGGGCUACUUCGUGCGGGUGACAGCAGUUAAUGAAGGAGGCCAGAGCCAGCCCACUGCCCUGGACACAUUAGUGCAAGCCAUGCCUGUUACUGUCUGUCCCAAGUUCCUCGUGGACUCCAGCACCAAGGACUUGCUGACAGUCAAGGUCGGGGACACGGUUCGUGUGCCCGUCUCCUUUGAAGCCAUGCCCAUGCCUGAGGUGACCUGGCUGAAGGAUGGCCUGCCCUUGCCCAAAAGAAGUGUGACUGUCACUAAGGAUGGCCUCACCCAGCUUCUGAUCCCUGUGGCUGGACUCUCGGACAGUGGUCUCUACACUGUGGUGCUGAGGACCCUGCAGGGGAAGGAGGUUGCCCACAGCUUCCGUAUCAGGGUGGCAGCAUGCCCGCAGGCACCUGGGCCCAUCCACCUGCAGGAGAACGUGCCUGGGACGGUGACGGCUGAGUGGGAACCCUCUCCUGAUGAGGCCCAGGAUGUCCCGCUGCACUACGCGGUGUUCACAUGCUCCUCAGCGCACGGUCCCUGGCGCGAGGCAGCCGACCGCAUCCACACCAACCGCUUCACCCUCCUGGGCAUCCUCCCCGGCCACGAAUACCACUUAAGGGUGGUGGCCAAGAAUGAGCUGGGGGCCAGCAAACCCUCGGACACCAGCCAGCCCUGGUGCAUCCCCCAGCAGCGCGACAGGUUCACAGUGAAGGCUCCGAGCUACCGGGAGCCCGACCUGAGCCAGAAGCCCCGGUUCCUGGUGGGCCUGCGGUCCCACCUGCUGCCCCAGGGCUGCGAGUGCUGCAUGAGCUGUGCCGUGCAGGGCUCACCCCGGCCCCACGUCACCUGGUUCAAGAACGACCGCAGCCUGGAAGGAAACCCCGCGGUGUACAGCACCGACCUGCUGGGCGUGUGCUCCCUCACCAUCCCCAGCGUAUCCCCGAAGGACAGCGGGGAGUACAAGGCUGUGGCUGAGAACACGCUGGGCCAGGCAGUCAGCACUGCCACCCUCAUUGUCAUAGAACCCAGCACCUAGCCUCACCUCACCCUGGGAUGGUCCUGGACCCUUGAAGCUUCACUUCCGACACCUGCACUGGCCCGGGAAGCCAAUCCCAAGGAUGGAGGCUGUGCCCAGAGCCCCAGGAAAAUGGGAGUGAGAAGAUGCCUGGCGAGGUUUUGGCCAGGAGGACGUGAAGUCCUUGGGGAAGAAAAACAAGGGAGGAGGGCAUUCCACCUCCUGGCUCCAAGCUAAGUAGCUCAAUAGAAUGACAGCGAACCUCCUGGACCCUCACCAUAUGGGUUUCUUUCUUCUUCGCUUCAGGAGAUCCAGAGGGCACCUGCCUGCAGAUGGGCCAGCUCCUUAUUUUCCUGGGCUGAGCCCUUUGGAGGGAGGGUGGGCACAGCUGGGCCUGCUGUGACCACUGGGAGGGAAGAGGAGAGGAGGUCAGAGGACCUGGGUGAGGACUAGGGCAUCAAGGGCGUGUGUGUGGGUGGGGGCAGCCUCCACCUCCUGGAUUCAAGAGAUUCCAGGGUUGCGGCAUGUGCUUUCUGUAUGUUUCUUCAUUAAAACAUUAGGCUAAUACAGGCA